AAGGCAUUGUGUUUGAAUAUUUCUGUGUUUGAGUGAAAAUGGGGAGAUUCCAUAAAUAUGUUGGGGUGCUUGCUUUGGUGUUGGCAUUUGUUAUAGGAAUAGCAGAAUGCCGCUCAAGAUUAACAAAUGAAAAGUCAGUGGAGAACUUUGGAGAAGGUGAUGGUUUGGGUGGUGGGUUCGGAGGUGGUGCUGGUGGUGGUGGCGGAGCAGGAGGAGGAAUCGGUGGAGGUGAUGGCGGUGGCUUUGGAGGAGGUAAAGGAGGUGGCAUAGGAGGAGGUAUAGGACAUGGUGGUGGAGUAGGAGGAGGCGUUGGAGGUGGACAUGGCGGAGGGAUAGGAGGUGGUCAUGGUGGUGGAAUUGGCGGAGGCGGUGGAGCUGGAGGUGGUGCAGGUGGAGGCAUUGGAGGUGGACAUGGUGGUGGUGCAGGCGGAGGGAUAGGAGGUGGUCAUGGUGGUGGAAUUGGCGGAGGCGGUGGAGCUGGAGGUGGUGCAGGUGGAGGCAUUGGAGGUGGACAUGGUGGUGGUGCAGGCGGAGGGAUAGGAGGUGGUCAUGGUGGUGGAAUUGGCGGAGGUGGUGGAGCUGGAGGUGGCGCAGGUGGAGGCUUUGGAGGUGGUAAAGGUGGUGGGAUAGGAGGUGGUCAUGGCGGCGGUGUGGGAGGUGGAGCAGGUGGUGGUGCAGGCGGAGGAAUCGGAGGUGGUCAUGGUGGUGGUGUGGGAGGAGGAGUUGGUGGAGGUGGUGGAGCAGGUGGUGGUGUGGGAGGUGGACAUGGUGGCGGUGUAGGAGGAGGAGUUGGUGGUGGCGGCGGUGCAGGAGGUGGCCUUGGAGGAGGAGCUGGUGCAGGUGGUGGUGCAGGUGGAGGCUUUGGAGGAGGCAAAGGUGGAGGAGGAGGACUUGGUGGCGGCGGCGGUGCAGGAGGUGGAGCUGGCGGAGGCUUCGGAGGUGGUGCCGGUGGUGGCGGAGGAGUCGGUGGUGGCUUCUAG